AUGUUGUUGUUGUUCUGUCACCCGCUGGCCGGAGCCUUCCUGCCCUUCCUCAUCCUCUGGGGAAACUGGGUUUCAGCUGAGAACAUCAACUUCCACAACGUGAGACCUCCACUGGACCCCACUCCGUUUCCAAACAGCUUCAAGUGCUUCACCUGUGACAAUGCAGUGGACAAUUACAACUGUAACAGAUGGGCUGAAGAUAGAUGGUGCCCUGAAAGUACUCAGUACUGCUUGACAGUUCAUCUCUUCACAGAGCACGGGAAGAGCACGUCGGUCACCAAGAAAUGUGCCACGGGAGAGGAAUGUCACUUUGUUGGCUGCCACCACCACGGGGAAAGCGGCCACACAGAGUGCGUGUCCUGCUGUGAGGGCAUGAUCUGCAACGUGGAGAUCCCAACCAACCACACCAACGCCGUGUUUGCCGUCUUGCACGCCCGGAGGACGUCGGGCGGCAGCGGGAGGAGGGUCAGCGCCGCCGCCCUGCUGGCCGCCCUGGCCGCCCUGGCCUUGUCGUGA